AGCAUGUCGCAACUUGUGGCCGCUAGCUAUAUAGCAACCUCAAAUCCUGCUUUGCUUUGGUUGCUAUAUUAAGCGUGAUCGUCGUACAGGCACAAAGUUCAUCUCCAUGCAUUCCAGAUAAGACCAUUUUUAGGGCGAAAACGAAACAAAGCAAUCUCUUCGAUCGCAUGCAGAAGUGACCGCCAUUUGUCCCUAGAUUCACCUUCCGGGUGGUAGCUUGGUUGUUCACCAAUGGCGCGCUUAGGGGCACUCAUCUGCAGCCUCCGCGUUGUUGUCGUCGUCGUCGCCCUCCUCCCGUCGCUUCUGGCAACCGUCGCCGUCGCGCACAACGACACAGGCGUGCACAAGAACUACCUCAUCAUCGUGCGCAAGCCGUACGAGUACGACCAGAAUGUGUACAAGACCGUGUCGAGCUGGCACGCGUCGCUGCUGGCGUCCGUGUGCGACACGGCCAAGGAGGAGCUCGCCGCCGACCCGGGCGCCGAGACGCGGCUCAUCUAUUCCUACCGCAACGUCGUCAAUGGCUUCUGCGCCCGCGUCACCAAGGAGGAGGUGUUCGAGAUGGCCAGGAAGGACUGGUUCGUGAAGGCCAUCCCGGAGAAGACGUACAGGCUGAUGACCACGCACACGCCGGAGAUGAUCGGGCUCACCGGCCCGGCGUUCCACGGCGGCGUGUGGAACACGAGCAACAUGGGCGAGGGGAUGAUCAUCGGGGUGCUCGAUGAUGGCAUCGCCGCCGGGCACCCGUCGUUCGACGCGGGCGGGAUGGGGCCGCCGCCGGCCAAGUGGAAGGGCCGGUGCGACUUCAACAGCUCCGUGUGCAACAACAAGCUCAUCGGCGCGCGGUCGUUCUACGAGUCGGCGAGGUGGAAGUGGAGAGGGAUCGACGACCCGGUGCUGCCCGUCAACGAGACGGCGCACGGCACGCACACCUCGAGCACGGCCGCCGGCAACUUCGUGCCGGGGGCGAACGCGAUGGGCAACGGGAUCGGCACGGCCGCCGGCAUGGCGCCACGCGCGCACCUCGCGUUCUACCAGGUGUGCUUCGAGGACAAAGGCUGCGAUCGGGAUGACAUACUGGCGGCCAUUGACGACGCCGUCGACGAGGGCGUCGACGUGCUCUCGAUCUCGCUCGGCGACGACGAGGCCGGAGAAUUCUCCGCGGACCCCGUCGCGCUCGGGGGCUACACCGCCAUCAUGAAAGGUGUCUUUGUCAGCACGUCGGCCGGGAACAACGGCCCGUCCGCAUCGACAGUCUCAAACGAGGCGCCGUGGCUGCUCACCGUGGCGGCGUCCACAACCGACCGGAGGUUCGUGGCUACCGUGAAGCUUGGCAACGGGAUCGAGAUCGACGGCGAGGCGCUCUACCAGCCACCUAACUUCCCGAGCACGCAGUGGGCGCUUGUAAGGGACACCAUCGGCGACGGCACGUGUUCCGACGAACGCCUCUUGAAGAAGGAGCACGUCGCCGGGAAGCUUGUCGUGUGCGAACAGGGCGGCAACUUGACCAGCCUCGAGAAAGGGAGCUUCCUACACCAAGCCGGCGCCGCCGGGAUGGUUCUCAUCGGGCCGAAGUUCAUGGGCUCGGUGGUCCAACCCAAGCCGCACAUCCUUCCGGUGGCGCAAAUCGCCUACCCGUCGGGGGAGAAGCUCAAGAACUACAUGAAGUCCACGAUGAGCCCGACGGCGGCGCUGAUCUACAAAGGAACAGUGUUUGGCACCCCCAUGACGCCGGCGGUGGCGCCCUUCUCGUCGCGGGGGCCGAGCAAGCAGAACCAGGGGAUCCUCAAGCCGGACAUCACCGGCCCGGGGGUGAACAUCAUCGCCGCCGUCCACGGGCCCGAAGGGCUCGCCACGCCGCCCAAUCCACUCGCGGCAAUGUUCGACAUCAUGUCCGGCACGUCCAUGUCGGCGCCGCACCUCAGCGGGAUCGCCGCGCUGAUCAGGAAAGCGCACCCGAUGUGGUCGCCGGCGGCGAUCAAGUCGGCCAUGAUGACGUCGACCGACACGAUGGACCGCCGCCAGAAGCCGAUAACCGACCAGGACGGCAACGAGGCCACCAUGUUCGCGCUGGGCGCCGGCGUCAUCAACCCGACGAAGGCCAUGAACCCGGGCCUCGUGUACGACCUGAGCGCCGCGGACUACGUCCCUUUCAUGUGCGCGCUCGGCUACAGCGACCACGAGGUAAGCUCGAUCAUCCACCCGGCGCCGUCGGUGUCGUGCAAGCAGCUGCCGGCCGUCGACAUGAAGGACCUCAACUACCCGUCCAUCACCGUCUUCCUCGACCGGGAGCCCUACGCGGUGAGCGUCAGCCGCGCCGUGACGAACGUCGGGAGCGGCAAGGCGGUGUACGUGGCGAGCGUGGAGAUGCCGGAGACGGUGUCGGUCACCGUGACGCCGGGCACGCUCAAGUUCAAGAAGGUGAACCAGGUGAAGAAGUUCAAGGUCACCAUCAGGGCUACGAACGGCCGGCUGAAGGAGAGCGUCGCCGAGGGGCAGCUCAAGUGGGUCUCGCCGGACAACGUCGUGCGCAGCCCGAUCCUCGUCUCCUCCCAAAAAUUCUUCGAGGAUGACACCACCUCCGAUCACGCACGCCGUUGAUUCAUGGACCAUGAGUACGUAGCUUGCCAGUGAUGAGUAUUUAACUGGCCUCUGGUGUAAUUUUAUUGUACUGUAGAAUAUUGUCUUUGAGCCAUGCAUGCUAGCACACAGGAUGCCAUCGUCCUGAUGGUACCAUUAGUGAAUUCAAACGCAACCGAUCGACCACGAUCACUUCGAUCACCGGUGUGCAUUCCAAUGUUGGGAGUUGUCACACAUGUUGAUCUGUUGUGUUGUGUCAGACUUGUGCUCAAGCUCCGGUGCAUCAGCUUCACCCCUCUUUCGAGAGCCCCCAUAAUCCUUGAAGAGUACGGCAGUACCACCACGUCGUCGGGGUCUAAUCCCAAUAAUUAUCCCAGUCCUUGUUGGUCACGGCAUCGGGGUCAGUUCUAUAAUUUCGAGGGCGCUAGCUAGGUAAACUCGGUCCUAUAAGCUAUUUAAGCUAACAAUUUUUACUUGUAAUAUUAUUAUGUAAUCAUUUAUCCUCUAAAGUG